GGUAACGCGGCCCGGCCCGGCGGUGGAGGGAGGCGGUCUGGCCCGGGUCUGGCCCGGCCUGGCGAGCGCCUCGAGCGGAGCUAUCCUGGGGCGGUCCCGGGCCUUUCCUUUCUGGAGAGCCCUGCGGGAGACCUCGGUACCGGAGCCCCGAGACAUAUUUCCUGUCAUGGUGAACGAGCGGCAUAAUGGCAACCUGCUUGUGCACCUGGGGCCCAAACUGCAGGCCUACCCGGAGGAGCUGCUGCGGCAGCGGCGAGGCCACGAUGGCCAGCCUGAGUACCUGAUCCAGUGGAGUGUUGUCAGCCUGGAGGAGAGAGCAGUGGGAGGCAGCAGUGUCUCCUCUGCAGAGAUCAAGCCGGAGAACAUCUCGAUGUGGAUGUCCGCGGAGGAGGUCUGUGCCAGCUGCCCGGCGCUGCUGGGCAAGAGGAAGCCGGAAGGGCAGUGGGUGAAAGAGGAGAAGGCAGCCAGCCCGUUUGCUGCCGAUGUCCCGCUGGAUGAAGCCUCGCUGCUGGAGAUGAAGGCUGAUGUCAGGAGCCUGGUGCAGCGAGCUGGCCGUCAGAUGUCUGAGACCGGGGCGCCCGAGUCCUCCAUCCUCAACACCAUCCACGUGCUGAGUGCGUACGCCAGCAUUGGCUCGCUGGCGGGUGCCUUCAAGGAGACGGGAGCCCUCGACUUGCUGAUGAAGAUGCUGUGCCACAAGGAGAAGCAAGUCCGCCGCAGUGCCGGCAAGAUGCUGAGGGCCCUGGCUUCGCACGACGCAGGGAGCUGGGCCUAUGUCCUGCUGUCCCUGAGCCAUCAGGAUGGCAUUGAGCAGCACAUGGACUUUGAUGGUCGCUACACCUUGCUGGAGCUGUUUGCUGAGACAACAUCCUCUGAAGAGCACUGCAUGUCCUUUGAGGGGAUUCACCUUCCACAGAUCCCCGGGAAGCUGCUGUUCGUCCUGGUGAAGCGCUACCUGCGUGUCACUUCUCUCAUGGACAAGCUCAGCAGUGGCAUGGAGCAGGGAGGGGAGCAGCAGGACUGCACCGUGCCCAAGCUGCUGACUGAGGAGAGGAGCCGUGUGAAGCAGGAGUUUGAGUUCAGCAUGGCUAUGGCAAACCUCAUCUUGGAGCUGGUGCACGUGAUGGGCUGGGACCACAGCCACGAGCCAGAGCUGCUGCCCCAACAGGAGCUGCGGCCUCACACCACCCACUCCAUCUUCUGGCGCAGGGCCACAUCCUGCACUGCUACUCAAGAAGCCCCCACUCCUCCACCAAAAGAACCCAGCAUCUUCAAGACGCGCUCAGCCUUCCCAAGCCGCAGCAGCUAUGUGGAGUAUGUGCAGGCGAACCUGGUGCGUGGCAUGCGGGUGCGCAUGCUGGAGGACUACGAGCAGGUCAGCGCGGGUGACGAGGGUGACUUUCGCCAGAGCAAUGACGGCACGCCGCCCGUGCAGGUGUACUGGCAAGCCCUGGGCUGUACAUACUGGGUUCACUGGCACAUGGUGGAGAUCAUCGGCCCUUUAGGGCAAGAGGAACAUGAGGGCCCAGAGAAGGUGUCCACCCUGAUGCACAACCACAAGCUGGCAGCAGUUGCACAGCCGUUUUUCUGCAAGCCUUUUGGGGGGCUGUACUCCCUGCCUUACCUGGGGGAGCAGCCGACCAAGGCUGCAGAGGCCCUGAGCCGUGCUGAGUGGUGGGAGCUGCUCUUCUUCGUGAAGAAGCUGGAAGCAGAGGAGCAGAAAGAGAUCACCUCUCUCAUCCAGCAGGACCAGGGAGAGCAGGUGUCGGAGGUGGAUGAAGAAGCCCUGAUCCAGCUGUCGGUACCUGUGAAGCUGGCCCAGAAGGUGCUGCGGGUCUUGGAGAAGAGGUGCCACGGCAGCGCUCAGCGUGACCUGCGCGGCUCCCACGUCUAUGCCAAAUACUUCCUCGGUAGAGGAGCCGAGCAGGAUGGUGGGGGGAGCACCGUGGUGUCCUCGGAGAGCGCCGACUGCAGGAGCACUGGCCCUGAAGCCACGACGGCCAAGGCAGAGGAGGAGGACCCUUCCGCAGCCACAGUGCUGCCCCACACCCCCGCUGCAGCAGUGAAGUCGGAUUCCCAGCUGUUUGGCGAGCUCCUUGAGAGGGAAGGGUUGUUCUUCCCAGAGGUGACAGAGGAGCAGAUGAAAGUGUUGGGCAGCUGCAAGGGGGUGAACGAGAGGGGCUCGCUGGCCAAGAUUGCCACCGUGGUGGACGUGAUCCAGAGCAGCAGCUCCGAGGUGGGGCUGCGCUUAGCUGGGCUCAGGCACAUCACGAAGAUCCUGGCGGAAGAGCCUGAGCCCGAGCAGCAAGUCGGCAAAGCCCAGGGCAGGCUGGGGACCAGGAGCGUCGGGGAGAAGCUGGUGAAGGUGGCAGUGGAGCUGCUGAGCACCGAGGUGGCAGAGAAGGCCCUGGUGGUGGUGACGCUGCGGCUGCUGGCCGUGCUCACGGCAAAGUACGACUGGCGCGUGCCGUUUGCCACGGAGGGUGGUGUGCGGGCUGUGCUGGCCUGCAUGCAGCAGCACCCGUCCUCCGCCCUGGUGCAGCAGGCUGGCCUGGCGGCCCUGAAGGUGCUGGUGGGAGCUGUGGCUGAUGAGCCGGGAGGUGCCGGCGGGAAGCCCUUGCCCCUGAACCAUGCCGACGCGCAGAUGAUGCGGGAGAUCUUUGCCAGCAUCGGCUCUGCCUCCAGCCAGGGCUCAGCAAGCUUGCUGAGUGCCAUCCCUGCUGCCAUCAGCACCAUGCAGAGGGUCCCAGGGGGCUCCUCAGGUGUGCAGAACGGCUUGCUGGUGGUGAACAUGCUGAUCGACAGCCACCGGGGCCUGGCGGAGCAGCUGUCGAGCUGCGAUCUCCCCACGGUGCUGCAGAGCUGCUGGUGGGACGGGCAUAGCACCGGCUGCCCUCACGCGAUGCUGGCCCUCAGCGCGAUCAACCGCCUCGCAGAGCACCGGCUGCCCCUGGGCCAGGAGACAGCAGGCAGAGAGGUCCCGCUGGACCUGAGGGACGUGCGGAUGCUUCUGGGCGGCCUGGGGGACGGCAUCUUGUCCAAGGACGUGGUGGUGGCCCUGGAGCGGCAGCUCUACAGUGAAGGCCCCGUCACCUCUGGCGAGGUGGCGCAGCUGCUGCAGGACCGCAGGUGCUUCAGGCUGCUGCUGCGCAGCUUUGAGCUGCUGGGGGCGGAGAAGGCUGUGAGUCUGAACAUGCUCAGGAUCCUGAACAAGUUCCUGGAUGCUUACCAGGAGGACGCGCUGCCCUGGCAUGAGUGUGUGGAGCCCUGUUUGUCCUCCCUGAGCGCCCACAGCAGCGACCGGGAGGUGGUGCAGGAGGUUGUUGGCUUCCUGCACCGGCUGGCCACAGCCAGCAAGGACUGCGCGGUGGUGAUGUGCCGCGUGGGCGCUCGCGAGGCUCUGUCCAAAGGCCUGGACAAGCACGGCACGGCCCCGUCGCUGGCGCCAGCCCUGCUCGACCUGGUGAUCGACUGUGAGAAGUACGCCAGCCUCUACAAGAAGCUGACGACCAGCAUCUUGGCUGGCUGCAUCCAGCUGGUGCUGGGGCAGAUUGAGGAGCACCGCCGGAGCCACCAGCCCAUCAGCAUCCCCUUCUUUGACGUCUUUCUGCGCAACCUGUGCCGAGGCUCCAGCGUGGAGGUGAAGGAGGACAAGUGCUGGGAGAAGGUGCAGGUCUCCUCCAACCCCCACCGGGCGAGCAGGCUCACGGACAGGAACCCGAAGACCUACUGGGAGUCGAACGGCAGCACCGGCUCCCACUUCAUCACUGUCCACAUGCAGUGUGGCGUGGUGGUCAGGGAGAUGAGCAUGCUGGUGGCCAGCGAGGACUCCAGCUACAUGCCAGCCCGUGUCGUGGUGCUGGGGGGAGACAGCCCUGCCACCGUCAGAACCGAGCUCAACGCGGUGACCAUCCUGCCCUCAGACAGCAGAGUGAUCCUGCUGGAGAACAUGACCCGCUUCUGGCCUGUCAUCCAGAUCCGGGUGAAGCGGUGCCAGCAGGGUGGCAUUGACACACGCGUGCGUGGCAUCGAGGUGCUGGGUCCCAAGCCCACUUUCUGGCCCAUCUUCAAGGAGCAGUUGUGCCGGCGGACGUUCCUCUCCUGCACUGCCCGGGCUCAUGCCUGGUGCCAGGAGAUCUGCCAGGACCGGGGGCAACUGCUGCAGCUCUUUGGCAGGCUGAACCGAGCACUGCAGCACGAGCAGAGCUUUGCCGACCGCUUCCUUCCUGAUGACGAGGCGGCCCGGGCCUUGGGCAGGACGUGCUGGGAGGCCCUGGUGAACCCUUUGGUGCAGAGCAUCACCAGCCCAGACCCCCACGGCGUCAGCCCGCUGGCCUGGCUGCUGAGCGAGUACCUGGAGAGCAUGGAGCUGCCCCGCCGUGCCACGAGCCGCAGUGCUGUCUUUGGUUCCCGUGUGCGGCGCCUGACCCAGCUGCUGGUGCACGUGGACCCUGGUGGCCCAGAACCAGAGGAGGCAAGAGCAGCUGGCGGGAAGGAGGGGAAGACCAAGGAGGUGCCGGCCAGGGCUGCGAAGGCGGUGGUGGAGAAGUCGAGCAGCCUGUGGGGCAUCUCGCAGUGCUGGCGCCACGUGGUGCAGCAGCAGGUGCAGAGGUUCCUGGAGGCAGCAGGGCAGGCGCCAGACCUUGUGGAGCGAUACUGCGGGCUGUACCAGCGCCUGCGCGGUGCCACGGAGGAGCUCUUUGGGCAGCAAGCCUCUUUUGUGCUGGCCCUGGGCCAGGGCUUUGCGGGGGCUUUGCUGCAGCUCUCCUUCCUUACCACCCUGCAUGUGAGUGAGCAGUUUGCCCGCUACCUUGACGGGCAGAUCCAGGAGCUCCAUGGGGCUGCGGGCAGUGCAGGGCCACUGCAGCGGCUACAGCAGAUCCUGGAGCCCUUCGUCGUCUUCAGUGGCCUGGAGCUUGCCCACACCUUCGAGCACUUCUACCGGCACUACCUGGGGGACCGGCUCCUGGCGCAAGGGCCGUCUUGGCUGGAAGGAGCCAUCGUGGAGGAGAUCGGGUUGUGCUUCCCCAGCCGCUUCCCCCAAGGGAUGCUGAGCAACCUGGCUGAGUCGGAGGAGCUGCAGCAGCAGUUUUACCUCUUCCAGCUGCAGGAGCAGGACAAGCGGCUGCUGGAGCUGGAUACGGGCCUGGCCGAGGCACUGGGGACGGCCUCAGAGGCAGCUGUGCCGGAGGUGAAGGUGCUGACGCUGUCCCCGCGCUGCUGGCCCGUUUCCCCGUUCUGCUACAUGGAUGAACCUGGGAGGUUUUUCUCGGCGUCCCUGAGCUCCCCCCUGCAUGAAUUUGCUGACUUCUGCCAGCAGAGCCAGAGCCAGCUGGUCUGGGAGUGCACGAAGCCUCGGCGGUUGCAGUGGACGUGGCUGGGCCAUGCAGAACUGCAGUUUGGAGACUGCGUCCUCCACGUCUCCACGCUGCAGAUGUACAUCCUGCUGUGCUUCAACAGCGCCGAGGAGGUGGCUGUGGAGGCCCUGCUGCAGGCUACAGGGCUCCCUGCUGACCUGGUGCACCAUGCACUGACACCGCUGACCCACGGCGAAGGCAUCCUGGUGUGGAGCUGCACGCCAGGAGCUCCAGGUGUACUGCGGCUGAACCAGGCAGCCCUGGCCCAUGCCUCUGGCCGCCGCUUGAGGCUGCUGCCCCGGCAGAGGUACCUGCGGGCAGAGAGGGCUGAGGUCAGCGCCCUGGAAAGGAAGAGGAACAUCCUCUGCUGCCUCAUCACCCGCAUCCUCAAGGUGGAGAAGCAGCUCCACAUUGACAACCUGGUGUUUAGGGUGAUUGAUGCCUGUCAGAAGGGCGAGUUGGGGCCAGGGCUGCAGUUCCUGAGCUUCUGCUGCCACAGCGUGGAUGUGCUGUCCUGUGUCCUGCACCUGCUGAACCAGGGCUAUCUCCGGCGCCAGGAGGAGAGACCUCAUGUCUUGGAAUACAUCUCUGCUGAACCUGCAACACCCGCUACCUCCCAGGUCCAGUCCCAGGUUGCCUUCCAGACUGUAGAGAUCAAGAUGGCAGCAAGCCCUGCCUCUGCCGAAAGGAGACAGACUUUUUCCACCUUCAGGUAGUCAGGGACUUGGCUGGGCUGGGAGGACAUAGGCUGUGUGGAGUCUGUGGGUUUUAUUUUAAAUAAAUGAGCCAAGCUCCACCCACUCCCAGUUCAUAGUCUGUUGGAGAGCUCAGCUGGCCAGUGUUUGGGAGCCGGGCCAGGUUAUACUGCUGGCUGCUGUGCCCAGGCAGCCCUGACACCUGUGCUUGCUGGAGUGGUGGUAGCCACACCCUACUCACAUUUGUUCUCUCCCAGCUGUGCUGGGCCAUACCCUCAGACAUGGAGGGACACAAACACCCCUGCUGUAAUGGUACC